UCUGAGCUUCGGACGGAUUGUUUCCGCUCACUUCCCUCUCCUUGCCUACCACGCUAGUAGCAACAGGCAUGCUACUAUCAGAAGUAAACUGUAGAAGUAGCUAAACUUGAAGUUUCCCCCCCUCUGUCCUCAUGGGUGACUCGGACGCUGCCGGGGCCUUAACUCGCAGGAGAAGGGCGACUUUGGCGGCGGGGAGAAGUGCGAGUUUGCUGCCGAUGAACGGGAGGUCCGCAGCGGUGUGUCAGGACUCAGUGACCGCUGAGGUUAGCAGAGAUGAUGGUCAGGGAAAACGAGACCGUUCACUGGAGACAGUAAGGUCUAAAUCAAAGAGUGAGAAAAAGAAAUGCAGGAAUGACAUAAGUGACCGACUGAGCUGUCAUAAGACACAGCAGUCCUUGCUGAGUUCAGCCAGUGGUUACAGUAACUACAGAGGAGUCCUCAACUGGUGUGUGGUCAUGCUGGUACUAAGUAAUGCUCGCCUCUUCUUAGAGAACUUGUUAAGGUACGGUAUUCUGGUGGACCCUAUUCAGGUGAUUUCCUUGUUUCUGAAUGAUCCCUACAGCUGGCCAGCAGCAUGCCUGGUGAUUGUGUCCAACGUGUUCAUUCUGGUGGCUCUCUACACAGAAAGGCAGCUGUCAAAGGGUUCAUUCACUGAACUUGUGGGAUUUCUGGUUCAUUGCACUAACAUGGCAGUCAUGCUAACAUUUCCUGCUGCAGUGGUCCUAUUGGUCCCCUCCGUGACCCCAGUUGGUGGUGUGUUCGUUCUUGGUACUUACACCAUCCUCUUCCUAAAGCUGUACUCUUAUAAGGACGUCAACAUGUGGUGCAGAGAGCUGAGCACUGUCAAGGCCAAGAAACUGGCCAGGUCGCUGUCUUGUCCCUCAGGACAGACCCUCAAUGGAGGUGACCGACAGGUGUGUUACCCUGGCAACCUCACAAUCAGAGACAUGUACUACUUUGUCUUUGCUCCGACUCUGUGCUACGAGCUCAACUUCCCUCGCUCGCCUAAUAUUCGCAUGAGUUUCCUGCUGAGGAGACUGUUUGAGAUGCUGUUCUUCACCCAGCUGCUAGUUGCUCUCACUCAACAGUGGAUGAUUCCCAUCAUUCAGAGCUCCAUGAAACCAUUAGAGGACAUGGAUCUUUCCAGAAUGACUGAGAGACUUCUAAGAUUAGCUGUUCCUAAUCAUUUGAUGUGGCUCAUGUUUUUCUACUGGUUCUUCCACUCGUCUUUGAACUUCACUGCUGAGCUGCUGCGCUUUGGAGACAGACAGUUCUACAAGGACUGGUGGAACUCUGAGUCAGUGACAUAUUUUUGGCAGAACUGGAACAUCCCUGUACACAAGUGGUGUCUACGCCACUUUUACAAGCCGCUGCUGAGGAGAGGAUUCAGUAAAAAAGUCAGCCAAUCAGCUGUCUUCUUCUUGUCGGCUUUCUUCCAUGAGUACUUGGUGAGCGUUCCUCUCAGGAUGUUCAGACUGUGGGCUUUCAUGGGCAUGAUGGCACAGCUUCCAUUAGCCUGGUUUGUUGGUCACUUCCUACGUGGUAACUACGGCAACGCUGCAGUGUGGAUCUCGAUCAUCAUAGGUCAGCCAUUUGCCGUCCUAAUGUACGUCCAUGACUAUUACGUCCUGCACUACAGACAGGAGGCUGACUGAUAUAUACACACACACACACACACACACACACACACACACACACACACACACACACACAUACACACAUACACACACACACUUACUUGUACAAAACCCCUUACACAAAAAUCAACAUUUUCCCAAUUGGAGACACAGGUCUCCUUCCCAGUUGGGAGAAAGUUGCCAAUUAACAGGUUUUUAGUCUGAAAUGUGUCCCUGAAUGUAGAAUAUGUUGGACCACAAUCAUACAUACAUAUCUACCAUCUAUCCUUACUUUGCUUCAUCCUUUAUGUCUCUCUAACACACACACACACACACACACACACACACACACACACACACACACACACACAAGUGUCACUAGCGUCCAGUAGAGGUAACAGAUAUUGUACUAUCAGGAAGAACUGAUCAUAGCAUGUUUACAUUACACACCUUGUCCAUUGUAUCCUCCUGCUGGGGAAAGAACAUAUUGAUAUUUAAAGAGCAAAGUGUACAAAAAUGUUGAUUCUUGAAAUACCACUUUAACUUGACGAAAGUUUAUAUAUAUAUAUAUAUAUAUUAUAUAUAUAUAUAUAUAUAUAUAUAUAUAUAUAUAUAUGCAGUAUCUCACUCAGGUGAUUUUACUUCCAGUGUCUUUUUAAAACCUCUGACGGCCAGUUUGGGCUGAAAUGUUUGUUGAAUGCAUAAACUACUGUAUGUGGAAAGGGAAAAAAACCCUAGAGGUUUUGCUCCUUUUCAGCCAUGUGCAUGUACAGUGUAAUGACUGUGGCGGAAUUCUGUCAAUUGUCAAGUUGACAACAAGAUUGAAGUGUCUUAAUAAACACUUGUGUUUCUUCUUUCCCUUUUUGGGAGCCAAAGGGACCUUAUUCUGUCUGGUUUUACUGUAAGAUGGAAAAUCAUUAGCAAAAAAAAAAUUUAUUACAGUAGGAUUUUAUUAAAGUACGAAUUUUCUUUUAUUUUGUGAUAUUUUACUUUGGCAGUUUGGAAAAUGUCCUUUUCUUUCUUUUUUACCUGAAAUGCCAUUUCAGUAAUAUUAAACAUAUUCAGUUACUCACUUUUUUGUUAAUAAAUAGUGUGAAAAUUUGUGUGGGUUUUUUGUCAUUGGACUGUUGCCAAGUAACGGCUAAUGUAACUAAAUGCAAUGUGUGUGUCUGAUAAAUAAAUAUUCAAUGAGUUCAAUUUAA